GGGGAGCGGGGGCUGGGAUGGGACGGGAUGGGAGCGGGCGAGGGGACGUCCGAGCCUGCGGGCGGCUUUAAAUGCGGGCCGGGGCGGGCGCCGCCAGCAGAGCUGCUCCUGGCUGCCGCCGCCCGGCCGUGGGGGCUUCUGGCGGGCGCUGCGCUCCCCCGGGCAGACCGGCGCCAGCGGGUAGCGAGGCAGGCAGGCGAGGGUGCGCGCAUACACAGAUAUAUAGACAGAUAAACAGGUGUAUAUACAUUGUGCGGGCGGGCAGCCAUGCCCCGCACCGCCUGCUGAAGCCGCCGCGCCCAGCCCGCUGCUCCCCGGCUGCCCCGCAGCCCCCGCCCGCUGCUCCCCGGCUGCCCCGCAGCCCCCGCCCGCCGCCAAGCUGGAGGAACGCCGCAAGCCCGAGCCCCGGAGGUCACCACACUAUUUACAUUGGGGUCCACGUGCCGAAGAGCUAUAGGAGAAGGCGGCGUCACAGGAGACGACCCGGGCACAAAGAAAAGAAAGAGAAAAUCUCUGAGAACUACUCGGACAAAUCAGACGUAGAAAACGCGGAUGAGACGAGCAGCAGCAUCCUUAAACCUCUCAUCUCCCCUGCUGCCGAACGCAUCCGCUUCAUCCUCGGAGAGGAAGAUGACAGCCCCGCGCCCCCUCAGCUCUUCACGGAGCUGGAUGAGCUCCUGGCCGUCGAUGGACAAGAGAUGGAGUGGAAGGAGACCGCAAGGUGGAUAAAGUUUGAGGAGAAGGUAGAACAAGGUGGGGAGCGAUGGAGUAAACCUCACGUGGCCACGUUGUCCCUGCACAGCUUGUUUGAGUUGAGGACUUGCAUAGAGAAGGGCUCCAUAAUGCUGGAUAUGGAGGCCUCUUCUCUCCCGCAGGUGGUGGAAAUGAUCGUCGACAAUCAGAUCGAGACGGGGCUUUUGAAAUUAGAGCUGAAGGACAAAGUCACCUACACGCUGCUCAGGAAGCACCGGCACCAGACCAAGAAGUCCAACCUGCGCUCUCUGGCUGACAUUGGAAAGACCGUCUCCAGUGCAAGUAGGAUGUUUUCCAACCCCGAUAAUGCGCGCAGCCCGCUGGAGAGCUCGGUGCCCUGCCUCGCCACGCGCUCGCCGCGCCACGACGCCCCGGUGCCGCGCAGCCCCAGCCUGGGCUGGAUCAGCAGCCCAGCCAUGGCUCACAGAAACCUGACUUCCACCAGCCUGAAUGACAUCUCUGACAAGCCUGAGAAGGACCAGCUGAAGAACAAAUUCAUGAAGAAGUUGCCCCGCGAUGCCGAGGCCUCCAACGUGCUGGUGGGGGAGGUGGAUUUCCUGGAGAGCCCGUUCAUUGCCUUCGUCCGGCUGCAGCAGGCCGUCAUGCUGGGCGCUCUGACCGAAGUCCCCGUGCCCACCCGAUUUCUCUUCAUUCUACUGGGACCUAAGGGCAAAGCCAAGUCCUACCAUGAGAUCGGCCGAGCCAUCGCCACCCUGAUGUCAGAUGAGGUGUUCCAUGACAUCGCCUAUAAAGCCAAGGACCGGCAGGACCUGAUCGCUGGCAUCGAUGAGUUUCUGGAUGAAGUCAUUGUGCUCCCCCCCGGGGAAUGGGAUCCCGCCAUUCGGAUAGAGCCCCCCAAGUCUCUCCCAUCAUCGGACAAAAGGAAAAACAUGUACUCUGGUGGAGAGAAUCUACAGAUGAACGGCGAUACGCCUCACGAUGGAGGACACGGCGGAGGGGGCCACGGGGACUGCGAAGAACUGCAGCGAACGGGCAGAUUCUGUGGUGGCUUAAUCAAAGAUAUAAAGAGGAAAGCACCGUUCUUCGCCAGUGACUUCUACGAUGCUUUAAAUAUUCAAGCCCUUUCAGCCAUUCUUUUCAUCUACUUGGCCACAGUGACCAACGCCAUCACCUUUGGAGGUUUGCUUGGUGAUGCUACAGAAAACAUGCAGGGCGUGUUGGAGAGCUUUCUGGGCACGGCAGUCACCGGAGCGAUAUUUUGCCUUUUCGCUGGCCAGCCACUCACAAUUUUGAGCAGCACAGGACCUGUCCUUGUCUUUGAACGGCUUCUCUUUAAUUUCAGCAAAGACAAUGACUUCGACUACCUGGAGUUUCGGCUCUGGAUCGGCCUUUGGUCAGCCUUCCAGUGUCUCGUUCUCGUGGCUACCGACGCCAGCUUCCUGGUCAAGUACUUCACCCGCUUCACCGAAGAAGGUUUUUCCUCCCUUAUUAGCUUCAUCUUCAUUUACGACGCUUUUAAGAAGAUGAUCAAGCUGGCGCAUUAUUACCCCAUCAACUCUGAGUUCAAGGUGGACUAUAUCACGCGUUACUCUUGUGCCUGUGAACCAUUAGAUCCAGUUAAUAGUUCAUUAUUUAACAGGACACCGGUGCCGUCAGCCGACGAGCUGUUCCAUCCCUCGACGGUCAUGUACAAUACCACCAUUGACUGGUCAUCUCUGACAAAGAAGGAGUGCUUGAAAUACGGAGGACGACCUGUGGGCAACAACUGUAAAUAUGUCCCUGACAUCACCCUCAUGUCGUUCAUCCUCUUUUUUGGCACUUACACCUGCUCCAUGGCCCUGAAGAAAUUCAAGACCAGUCGCUAUUUUCCAACCACUGCCCGGAAGCUCAUCAGUGAUUUUGCCAUUAUCUUGUCCAUCUUGAUUUUCUGUGGAAUAGAUGCCCUGGUAGGUGUGGACACACCAAAACUAAUUGUGCCAAGUGAAUUCAAGCCAACCAGUCCCGAGAGGGGCUGGUUCAUCCCACCUUUCGGGGGGAACCCGUGGUGGGUGUACCUGGCAGCAGCCAUCCCUGCCCUGCUGGUGACUAUCCUCAUCUUCAUGGACCAGCAAAUCACGGCCGUCAUCGUCAACAGGAAGGAGCACAAGCUCAAGAAAGGUGCUGGAUAUCAUCUGGAUUUGUUCUGGGUGGCCAUUCUGAUGAUUAUUUGCUCCUUUAUGGGUCUGCCCUGGUAUGUUGCUGCUACCGUCAUCUCCAUUGCUCAUAUUGACAGCUUGAAGAUGGAGACAGAAACCUCAGCCCCUGGAGAACAGCCCAAGUUUUUGGGAGUGAGGGAGCAGAGGGUCACGGGAUUCAUCGUGUUCAUUCUGACCGGCGUGUCUGUCUUCAUGGCUCCCAUCCUCCAGUUCAUUCCCAUGCCGGUGCUCUACGGUGUGUUCCUCUACAUGGGUGUCGCUUCCCUCAACGGUGUGCAGUUUAUGGAUCGUCUGAAGCUGCUCUUGAUGCCUCUGAAACACCAGCCCGACUUCAUCUACCUGCGCCACGUCCCGCUGCGCAGGGUCCACCUCUUCACCUUCCUGCAGGUGGUGUGCCUGGCCCUCCUCUGGAUCCUCAAGUCCACCGUGGCUGCCAUCAUCUUCCCUGUCAUGAUCCUGGCCCUUGUGGCAGUCAGAAAAGCCAUGGACUACCUCUUCUCGCAGCACGACCUGAGCUUCCUUGACGACGUCAUUCCAGAAAAGGACAAGAAAAAGAAAGAGGACGAGAAGAAGAAGAAAAAGAAGAAGGGCAGUAUGGACAGUGACAAUGACGAUUCUGACUGCCCCUACCCAGAAAAAGUCCCAAGUAUUAAAAUACCAAUGGACAUCAUGGAGCAGGAACCUUUCCUAAGUGAUAGCAAACCUGCCGACAGAGAAAAAUCACCAACAUUCCUUGAACGCCAUACGUCGUGCUGAUACGAUUCCUUUCCUUCAGUCAUACGCCAUGCCAAGCCCUCCACGAACUCCAGUCAAAGUCGUGCCUCAAAUUAGAAUAGAACUUGAGCCUGAAGACAAUGUUUUUUUCUGGAGGAGCAAGGGAACAGAAACUACUUUGUAAUUUGUCUGUCUGUUCAAUCUUUUCUGGGAUUUUUAUUUCUUUGUCACUAGCCAAAUGUUAAAACGCUGAAAUGCUCUCUGCUUCCCAGCGGCACAGGUGGCUGAGGCACCAGCCGCUCCCCUCAGCACCGCUCCGUCGCGCGCUCCCCGUCCCCGUCCUUCCGCGCUGACCAAGGCUCGUCUUUGCCUUCUCUGCCGCUUCUCUUUCGUUGUCAAGCAGGGGGCAGAGGUGUUAAGGAUGUAAUGUAGGACCUGUGGGAGAUGUCAGAGGAGCUGGCGUCACCGUAGUUGUGUAACUGUGUGUUUGUUUGUCUGAACAAAACUGACCUCCAGGCUAAUGCAACGUCUUUCUUACACUGCUCAAAGAUGCUGGAAAGUGCUGCUAAUACUAAUUUGCUCUUAAAGCCUGUACUUGUAGUUAACACGGGAAGGAAAAGGAAAAGGUACUUCACUCCCAGCAAAGACAAACUGUUUCCAUCGUUGUAGCAUGUGUUUUGAAAUGUCCCUUUCCUAUGCAAUUUUUUUUAAAGAAACACUUUAAUGGACUUAAUCUGUCAGGUACAUGGAAGAGUGUUAUUUUCCUAGAUUAUUUUGUUUAAAUUAUGGGGGCCUAACCUACAACUUUUUUUUUGUCAAUUUUUUUAACCUUUUUUUUAAUUACUGUAAAGAAGAAAUGAAUUUUUCCUGCAGCAGGAAACAUAUAGUUAUGAGUAGUUCUACCUCUUAUUUCUAGGCACCAGGCUUUCUGUAAAAAUGUGUUGUACAAUAUGUAAUGUGAUUUUUACAAGAAAAACAAAACAGAACAAACACCACCACACCACAAUCUCCAGGACAUGGCACAGGGCUGGAUCAGUUUGAUUAGCACCUUCUACUCUGGAGCGUCUGUUCUCCUUAGGGUUAUGGACGUUUGGGUUUUGUUGGUUGUUUUUUUUAUGAAUAAUCUAGCGUUGCUGUGAAGGAGACAGAUUGUAACUUAAAUCUCUUACGAUCUAGGAAGAGUCUUAAAUGUCAUGGUGGUGAGCAAAGCACUGACCGGCUAAGGAUGUCAGUGGACAGAUGCUGAUUGUAUCCACAUCGAUUUGCUACGUGGCAUAGUUAGAAUUCUCUCUUUUUACGCAUCCGUGUGUGCGCGUCUGUGUGUGUGUAGCCGCGAGAAGACCCGUGUGCGGUUCAGGCGCACGAGGGCCCCGCGGAGGAGAGAGCCGCGGUGACCCCGGGACGCCCGUCCCGGCGCCCGGAGUGGCGAGGCUCACAAAUCAGAUCUCUUUACCAUCAUCUGCAGGAGUUACCCUAAAUCUUGAGUGCUCGGCACUAGACCUGUUGUCCGUGCAAGCUCAGUACCAAGCAGGCUGGGCAUGGCCAUGCACAGGCUUUUGGUUUUGUACCAGAUGAGCUGAAUCCACCCUGUGAGACGUGAUUUUCUUUCUGCAGCAUGUACACAUUACGUACUGGUCUGUGCAUAUAAACAUGCAUCUGGGAAAUUGGGCUUCACCAAGACAUUGCUUUGAUGGGGCAUGAGGAUUACGUGUAAAACACUGUAAAGGCUUCAUCAGAAAAAAAGAGGGGGGGAAAAAUAAAAGUCCAGCUGUAAGGGCUAAUUCCCCAAUGGGGAAAAUUUCACCCCGAGCACCGGCACCUUGCCGCAGCUUCCGAUGUUGCAAAACCAAAGUCUGUGUUGAUUAAGAAAACAGAAUUUCUUGAUGUACUGAGACCUUAUAUGCCAAAUUCAGCAUCUGCUCACUAGUAACAGCCCUAUCAGCAACUGGAGCUGCAGAACAGGUUGUUCUUUUUGUUCCCUGGCGUACCGUAGAAGCUCCUGCCCACUCUCGCUACAGUGCGCAGCUUUGAAGAUGGGCAGGUAGUUUUAGUCUGAUCUCCUGCAAGCAGUCACUGCUGCGUAAAGAUGGAGUUGAAGAGGCACCUACACAGCACCCACACGUGCACACACGUCCCUACAUUCCCCAGUGACUCGUUACCGGGGGAUCUCAAUCUCUGCAUACACAAAACGUGCGUGGGCUGGAAGCGUGAACGCGGUGAUGGGCGCCGGAGCGAGCGUGGCUUCUCCUCUCUGCUGCCCUCGGGGAUCGGCGUCCCGGGAACACGGCCCUAACCGCUUGGGAAAGGCUGGGAUGGCGUGGGAAAUGACCAGAAGAGGCUCUGUGAUCCGUCUGCGAGCCGGAGGACAGGUCACCUGCGAAGUGCAAAGCCAACGUAAAGGGUUUCCACUCCUCAGUGAACAUCAGUCCCUGACUGCCAAACGGAGACCGACUCGCGUGUCACCUAGGGAGUACACGAGAGCCUUUUAUGUUUUGCCCUGAGCUUUUAUUUGUAGGAAUCCAAAUAACUGACAAAGGAGAGGUCACAACAGAUGAACGGGGAGAGCGGGCUGUUCUGCGGGAGCGCCGGCCGGGGCUCCCGGGUCCUGCGGCUUCCGUCCGCUGUCACCUGUGAUUCGUCUCCACAAAAACGAGGUCUUCCACUUGCAGCCAUGGUAAAUGUACUUGAAAUGUAUUGACUGCUGGUCUAGACCUUUCUCUCUUUAUUUUUUUCGUUUAACCUGAGCGAGCUGUGGUACAGAGGCUAGUGUUGCUGAGGUGACGGGACAAAGAUUUCGGUAGCUUUUCAUGGAAAAAUGCAGAACGCUGGGGACAGGAGCUGGAAUUCUUUCCUUUCUUGGCCCCUGACAAUAGUGCUUCAUUGGUGGUUGUGUCUCCUUUUUUGGUUUUUCCUUUAAAAUUACAGAAUGCUGCAGAUGACGCAAUGAUGUUAAGCAGGGUCUCUGCUGGCAUCGGAGAGCGGGCAGCGAGAGGGGCUGGAGUCACCGCAAGGAGAGUUUCACUGCACUUAGACCUUUGAUGAGAAAACUCACACUCAUUUUGAACCAGAAUUGGGUAUUUUGGGGCAGGUGCUUCUGGGAAUGUGUGUGGACUCUGAAAUCAGGGGAAGGUGUAGGGAAAUGACGUUCCCGGGGCAGAGGAGCAGGGCCGUGCCCCGCGUCACCCCUGAAAGGCACCGAGCAGCGGCCGGCGUGUCCCCACGGCGCGGCGGCCCUGCCCUGCGGCGCGGCUCGCUCGUCCUUGCGGCGCGGCUCGCUCGUCCUUGCGGCGCGGCUCGCUCGUCCUUGCGGGGCGGCUCGCUCGUCCUUGCGGCGCGGCUCGCUCGUCCUUGCGGGGCGGCUCGCUCGUCCUUGCGGCGCGGCUCGCUCGUCCUUGCGGCGCGGCUCGCUCGUCCUUGCGGCGCGGCUCGCUCGUCCUUGCGGCGCGGCUCGCUCGUCCUUGCGGGGCGGCUCGCUCGUCCUUGCGGCGCGGCUCGCUCGUCCUUGCGGCGCGGCUCGCUCGUCCUUGCGGCCGAGGCUUCUUUGCAUUCAUUACUGGGUUUUUUAAUCAACACGCACUUUCAGAUAGUUUUAUUAUUGUUUUUAAUUCUCUUGAGUCUCUAUUUGCUUUGGAGGAAAGAAUUAAAAAAUAGUGUAAAAUGAAGUGGAUCAGGAUGGUGGAACAAAAAGGAAAAAAGCAGAAACAUUUCAAUAUAUUAAAAUGAUUUUUUUUCCCGGUAAUAUAAAACGUGAAAUUCCUUAUAACAUUAUAGUAUUUUACAGUUUUAUGGAGCUUUCUAUUGUGACUUUUAUGGAAUCAAAAGAUGAAGAUGAUGAGAUAUUUUAGCAUUUCUAUUUUUCAAAAUUAAAUGUAUACUGAAAAUAAAGUAACUUUAUGCAUUUA